GGAGCGGGGCCGGGGACACCAGCGGGCCGGGCCCCGCGGCCUCGGGGUCUCCGCACCGGGCCGCGGACACCGCAUGGCGGACGCGGCGCAGAGUCCCGGCGGGGCGCCGCCGCGCAGCGGCCUGGACAAGCAGCAAAGACUGAAGGAAGAGAAGGAAGCCAAGCGGGCUCAUCUGGAUGGGAGGCAUGACUAUCUGUUGGCCAUUGUCGCUUCCUGUGUGGACCUGAGCAAAGCGGAAGUGGAGGAUGCCAUUCUUGAGGGGAAUCAGAUUGAAAGAAUAGACCAACUUUUUGCUGUGGGGGGCCUGCGUCACCUCAUGUUUUACUAUCAAGAUGUGGAGGUAGCAGAAACAGGACAAGUUGGUGUUCCAGCAGGGAUCGGUCUUGUUUCUGGAAAGAUAAGGAAACCUAAGGUGUUUGUGACGGAGGGGAAAGAUGCUGCUCUGACCGGAAUGUGCGUGUUCUUCAUCAGGUGUGACACCUCUAAAGCCAUCACAGCCGAGAACAUCCACCAGGAGGUGAGCUUCAAUGUGUUAGAUACGGCGGAUGGCGGCCUGCUGAACACUGUGAGACGCUUGCUCUCCGAUAUCUUCCUUCCUGCACUCAGGGCCUCGAGCCACAGCUGGGGUGAGCUAGAGAAACUCCAAGAUGCGUCGAGCAUUCGGCAGGAAUUCCUGAGCUCUCUGGAAAGUUUUGUGGGUGUCCUGUCAGGUGCACAGGAGAGUUUGAAGGAGAAGGUGAGCCUUCAAAAGUGUGACAUAGUUGAACUGAAAUCCCUGAAGGGACCUAUGGACUACUUGGCUCUAGCGAGCAGCCCGGAGACUUUGGAGAAAGUAGAGGCCUGUAUGAAAGUGUGGAUCAAGCAGACCGAGCAGGUCCUUGCUGAAAACAACCAGCUGCGGAAGGAAGCUGAUGAUGUCGGACCCCGAGCGGAGUUAGAGCACUGGAAAAAAAGGCUCUCCAAAUGUAACUACCUUUUGGAUCAGCUGAAAGGCCCAGAUGUGAAAGCUGUUUUGGCUGUGCUGGCUGCCGCCAAGUCGAAGCUUCUCAAGACUUGGCGGGAGACGGAUAUUCGAAUCACUGAUGCAGCCAACGAGGCAAAAGACAAUGUCAAGUAUUUGUACACACUUGAAAAAUGUUGUGAUCCUUUGUACAACAGUGAUCCUAUAUCCAUGAUCGAUGCUAUUCCUAUUCUCAUAAAUGCCAUUAAAAUGAUCUAUAGUAUCUCUCACUACUACAACACCUCGGAGAAGAUCACAUCCCUGUUUGUAAAGGUGACAAAUCAGAUGAUAUCUGCAUGCAAAGCCUAUAUCACCAACAGUGGGACUGCCUCUAUCUGGAACCAGCCUCAGGAUGUCGUGAUGGAAAAAAUAUUAUCUGCAAUUAGACUUAAGCAGGAAUACCAACACUGCUUUCAGCAGACGAAACAAAAGCUUAGACAAAAUCCAAGUGAAAAGCAAUUUGAAUUUAGUGAGAUGUAUAUUUUUGGAAAAUUUGAAACUUUUCACCGACGUCUAUCCAAGAUAAUGGACAUCUUUAAAACCUUCCAGACAUAUUCAGUCCUUCAAGAGUCUACAAUCGAAGGGCUGGAUGACUUGAUAAUUAAAUUCCAGGAAAUUGUUGCAACCAUAAAGAGAAAGGAUUAUAAUUUCUUAGACCAGCGGAAAAUGGAUUUUGAUCAGGAUUAUGAAGACUUUUGCAAGCAGAUUAGUGACCUUCAUGAUGAGUUACAGAAGUUCAUGGAUGCUACAUUUGAAAAGAUUCAAAACACCAAUCAAGCCUUAAGUAUGUUAAAGAAAUUUGAAAGGUUGAAUAUUCCUAACCUCGGUAUUGAUGACAAAUACCAACGGAUCCUGGAGAAUUAUGGGGCCGACAUCGAUAUGAUUGCAAAACUGUACACCAAGCAGAAAUGCGACCCUCCUCUGGCUCGAGACCAGCCCCCCAUCGCUGGGAAGAUCCUGUGGGCCCGGCAGCUCUUCCACAGGCUGGAGCAGCCCAUGCGGCUUUUCCAGCAGCAUCCGGCCGUGCUGAGGACGGCCCAGGCCAAGCCCGUCAUCCGCGCUUACAACAGGACCGCCAAGAUCCUCCUGGAGUUUGAGGUCCUGUACCACAGGGCCUGGCUUCAACAGAUUGAAGAAGUUCACAUCGGUCUCGAGGCUUCAUUACUGGUGAAGGCGCCAGGCACGGGGGAAUUGCUUGUCAACUUUGAUCCUCAGAUACUCAUCUUAUUUCGAGAAACCGAGUGCAUGCUCCAGAUGGGGCUACCCGUCUCACCACUGGCCGCUUCCCUCUUCCAGAAGCGGGACACAUACAAAAAGAACUUCAGCAGCAUGAAGAUGAUGCUGGCCGAGUACCAGAGAGUGAGGUCGAAGGUGCCUCCCGCCCUCGAGCCGCUGGCGGCACCGCACCUGGCCAACGUGAACGCAGCUCUGCAGCCUGGCCUGGCUGCCCUCACCUGGGCGUCGCUGAAUAUCCAGACGUACCUAGAAAACUCGUUUGCAAAGAUCAAGGAUCUGGAGUUGCUGCUAGACCGGGUCAAUGAUUUGAUUGAGUUCCGCAUCGCUGCUGUUCUAGAGGAGAUGAGCAGCACCCCUCUGUGUGAGCUCCCUGUGGAACAACCCCUCACCUGUGAUGAAUUCCUCCAGAUGACCAAGGACCUUUGUGUGAGUGGUGCUCAGAUACUGCACUUGAAAAGCUCUUUAGUGGAGGAAGCCGUCAAUGAGCUGAUCGACAUGUUGCUGGAUGUGGGGAUUCCAGCUAAAGAAGAAAGUGAUAAAGCAUGCAGUCAGAGCAAUGCUGAUUCAACGAACGGAACUUCAGCAAAAAAAGAAGGAAAUUCUGACGCCUUGGCAGCCUCCCUUAAUGGUGGGCCUGGCCCCUUGCCUUUAGCAACAAUUGCCAGAAAGAGGAAAGAAACGGAGGUGUUGGAGGAAGAAGCCCGUGAGCUGCUCUCUCAUUUCAACCAUCAGAACAUGGAUGCACUUCUGAAAGUUACAAGGAAUACACUGGAGGCCAUCCGCAAGCGCAUUCACGCCUCCCACUCCGUGAGCUUCAGGGACAGUAACAGCGCCUCCAAGAUGAAGCCGAAUCACCUCCCCAUUUUCCGGGCCAGCAUCACGCUGGCCAUUCCCAACGUGUGCCUGGUCCCCGCGCUGGAGGACAUACAGCAGGCGCUGAGCAAGGCCGUGGAGUGCAUCGUCAGCGUGCCCAAGGGGGUCAGGCAGUGGAGCAGCGAGCUGCUGUCGCAGAGAAAGGUGAAUGAAAGAAAAAUGGCUGCUUCGCAGCAUCACCAAGACAGUGAGUCUGAGACAGAUGCAGGAGAAAAUGAACUUCAAGAUAACUUGGAGAUAGCGUCUAUAAAUUUACCCAUUCCGGUGCAGACCAAGAACUAUUAUAAGAAUGUUUCUGACAACAAAGAGAUUGCAAAACUAGUCUCUGUGCUUAGCACCAUCAUCCACUCCACCAAAAAGGAAGUUAUUGCAUCCAUGGAUCACUUCAAACGUUAUAAUCACAUUUGGCAAAGGGAGAAAGAAGAAACCAUCAGGACGUUUAUCAUGAAAAACCCUUUGCUUUCUGAAUUUGAGUCCCAGAUUCUUUAUUUCCAAAACCUGGAACAGGAAAUUAAUGCUGAGCCAGAGCGCGUUUGUGUGGGUGCCAUUGCUUUGUACACAGCUGACUUGAAAUUUUCCCUCACUGCUGAGACAAGAGCUUGGUUGAUGGUUGUGGGUCGCCACUGUAACCACAAGUACAGGAGUGAGAUGGAAACCAUCUUUGCCCUUGUUGAAGAGUUCAGUAAGAAACUGAAUCGUCCAAUCAAGGACCUAGAUGAUAUACGGAUUGCAAUGGCUGCACUGAAAGAAAUCAGGGAGCAGCAAAUCCACGUUGACUUUCAAGUGGGGCCCAUCGAGGAAUCCUAUGCUCUGCUGAACAAAUAUGGACUUCUAGUAGCAAAGGAAGAGAUGGACAAGGUCGAUGCUCUGCGCUACGCCUGGGAGAAGCUGUUGGCCCGGGCGGGUGAAGUCCGGAAUGAGCUGGUCUCCCUGCAGCCGGGCUUCAGGAAGGAGCUGAUCAGCACGGUGGAGGUCUUCCAACAAGACUGUCUCCAGUUUUAUGUGAACUAUGAUUUGAAUGGCCCAAUGGUUAGCAGCCUGACACCUCAGGAAGCCAGCGAUAGACUAAUCAUGUUUCAGAAUCAGUUUGAUAACAUCUACCGUAAAUACAUCACCUACACUGGAGGAGAAGAGCUUUUUGGUCUGCCUCUUACUCAGUAUCCUCAGCUUCUUGAGAUAAAGAAACAGCUAAGUCUUCUACAGAAAAUAUACAGUUUGUACAACAGUGUCAUAGAAACUGUAAAUAGUUACCAAGACAUCCUAUGGUCAGAAGUGAAUAUUGAAAAAAUCAACAACGAACUUUUAGAAUUCCAGAACAGGUGUCGGAAGCUGCCCCGGGCGCUGAAGGACUGGCAGGCCUUUCAGGACCUGAAGAAGACCAUCGACGAUUUCAGCGAGUGCUGCCCCCUGCUGGAGUACAUGGCCAGCAAGGCCAUGAUGGCCAGGCACUGGGAGAGGAUAGCAGCCCUCACCGGCCACCCUCUGGAUGUGGGGAACGAAGCCUUUAAGCUAAGAAAUAUCAUGGAGGCCCCUCUUCUGAAAUACAAAGAGGAAAUCGAGGAUAUCUGCAUCAGCGCGGUGAAGGAGAGAGACAUUGAACAGAAGCUGAAGCAAGUGGUCAGUGAAUGGGACAACAAAACCUUCACGUUUGGCAGCUUUAAAACCCGAGGAGAACUCCUCCUGCGAGGCGACAGCACCUCGGAAAUCAUCGCCAACAUGGAGGACAGCCUGAUGCUGCUGGGCUCUCUCCUGAGCAACAGGUACAACAUGCCAUUCAAAGCUCAGAUUCAGAAAUGGGUGCAGUACCUUUCCAACUCUACAGAUAUCAUCGAGAACUGGAUGACUGUACAAAACCUGUGGAUUUAUCUAGAAGCUGUCUUUGUAGGAGGAGACAUUGCCAAACAGCUGCCCAAGGAAGCCAAGCGCUUUUCUAAUAUAGACAAAUCCUGGGUGAAGAUCAUGACCCGGGCACAUGAGAUGCCGAAUGUGGUCCAGUGUUGUGUUGGAGAUGAAACCAUGGGGCAGCUCCUGCCACACUUGCUGGAGCAAUUGGAAAUAUGUCAGAAAUCCCUUACUGGGUACUUGGAGAAAAAACGAGUUUGCUUUCCUCGGUUCUUCUUUGUCUCAGAUCCUGCUCUUCUGGAGAUUUUGGGGCAGGCCUCGGACUCCCACACAAUCCAGGCUCACUUGCUGAAUGUAUUUGACAACAUCAAAACUGUCAAGUUCCACGACAAGAUCUAUGACCGAAUCUUGUCAAUUUCCUCACGAGAGGGUGAGACGGUGGACUUGGCUAAACCUGUCAUGGCCGAGGGCAACGUGGAAGUGUGGCUCAAUUCUCUCUUGGAGGAGUCCCAGGCUUCCGUGCACCUUGUGAUCCGGCAGGCGGCGGCAACUAUUCAAGAAACUGGCUUCCACUUGAUUGAAUUUCUCUCUUCUUUUCCUGCUCAGGUUGGAUUAUUAGGAAUUCAAAUGAUAUGGACCCGAGAUUCAGAAGAAGCCCUUAGAAAUGCCAAGUUUGAUAAAAAAAUCAUGCAGAAAACCAAUCAAUCUUUCCUGGAACUACUAAACACGCUGAUUGACAUCACCACAAAGGACCUGAGUCCCAUGGAGCGAGUGAAAUAUGAGACUUUGAUUACCAUUCAUGUGCAUCAAAGGGAUAUCUUUGAUGACUUGUGUCAUCUGCAUGUCAAGAGCCCUACGGACUUUGAGUGGCUGAAACAGUGUAGAUUCUACUUUAACGAAGACUCUGACAAGAUGAACAUCCACAUCACAGACGUGGCUUUCAUAUACCAGAAUGAAUUUUUAGGCUGCACUGACAGGCUUGUCAUAACGCCACUCACAGACAGGUGCUACAUCACGCUGGCCCAAGCCCUGGGCAUGAGCAUGGGCGGAGCGCCCGCCGGGCCUGCAGGGACAGGCAAGACAGAAACCACCAAGGACAUGGGACGAUGUCUUGGGAAAUACGUUGUGGUUUUCAACUGUUCAGAUCAGAUGGAUUUCCGAGGACUUGGCCGCAUCUUUAAAGGGCUGGCGCAGUCUGGUUCCUGGGGUUGCUUUGAUGAGUUUAACCGGAUUGAUCUGCCAGUUCUCUCAGUUGCUGCCCAGCAAAUUUCUAUUAUUCUCACAUGUAAAAAGGAGCGUAAAAAAUCUUUUAUUUUCACUGAUGGAGAUAAUGUGACUAUGAACCCUGAAUUUGGACUUUUUCUGACUAUGAAUCCUGGCUACGCAGGGCGACAGGAACUCCCAGAAAACUUGAAGAUCAACUUCCGCUCAGUGGCCAUGAUGGUUCCUGACCGUCAGAUUAUCAUCAGGGUCAAGUUGGCCAGUUGUGGCUUCAUUGACAACAUUGUGCUGGCCAGGAAGUUUUUCACACUCUACAAGCUGUGUGAGGAGCAACUUUCAAAGCAGGUGCAUUACGACUUUGGUCUGCGAAACAUUCUGUCAGUUCUGCGGACACUGGGGGCUGCCAAGAGAGCCAACCCCAUGGACACGGAGCCCACCAUCGUCAUGCGCGUGCUGCGGGACAUGAACCUUUCCAAACUGAUUGAUGAGGAUGAGCCCUUAUUUUUGAGUCUGAUUGAAGAUCUCUUCCCAAAUAUUCUCUUGGAUAAGGCCGGAUACCCUGAACUGGAGGCAGCCAUCAGCAGACAGGUUGAAGACGCUGGCUUAAUCAACCACCCUCCCUGGAGACUGAAGAUCAUCCAGCUGUUUGAAACCCAGAGGGUGAGGCAUGGGAUGAUGACACUGGGGCCUAGCGGAGCAGGGAAGACCACUUGCAUCCACACCUUGAUGAAGGCCAUGACAGAUUGUGGAAAACCACACCGGGAGAUGAGAAUGAACCCCAAAGCCAUUACUGCCCCACAGAUGUUUGGUCGGCUGGAUGUGGCCACAAAUGAUUGGACUGAUGGAAUAUUUUCUACCCUUUGGAGGAAAACAUUGAGAGCCAAAAAAGGGGAGCAUAUCUGGAUAGUUCUCGAUGGCCCUGUUGAUGCCAUCUGGAUCGAGAAUCUGAAUUCUGUUUUGGAUGAUAACAAAACACUAACCCUUGCCAAUGGGGAUCGGAUUCCCAUGGCUCCAAACUGCAAGAUUGUUUUUGAACCUCACCACAUUGAUAAUGCUUCUCCUGCCACAGUCUCAAGAAAUGGAAUGGUUUUCAUGAGCUCUUCUAUCCUUGACUGGAGUCCCAUCCUUGAGGGUUUUCUUAAGAAGCGUUCUCCCCAAGAGGCUGAGGUUCUGCGCCCGCUGUACGCCCAGUCUUUCCCGGACCUGUAUCACUUCAGCGUUCAGAACCUAGAGUACAAGAUGGAGCUGCUGGAGGCCUUCGUCGUCACCCAGAGCACCACCAUGCUGCAGGGCCUCAUCCCUGCCAAGGAGCAGGGCGGCGAGGCGGGGCCCGAGCACCUGGCGCGGCUCUUCGUCUUCGCGCUCCUGUGGAGCCUGGGCGCGGGCCUGGAGCCCGAGGGGCGCCGGCGGCUGGAGCUGCGGCUGAGCGCGGGGCCCGGGCCCGCGCUGCCCCUGCCGCCCGUCGGCCCCGGGGACAGCGUGUUUGACUACUACGUGACGCCCGGAGGAAACUGGCAGCACUGGAGCGCGUGCACCCCAGAAUACGUGUACCCUGCCCAGGCCACUCCUGAGUACAGCACCAUCCUAGUGCCCAACGUCGACAACGUGAGGACCGACUUUCUAAUCAACACCAUUGCUAAGCAAGGCAAGGCUGUACUGUUGAUUGGGGAACAGGGAACAGCCAAAACGGUCAUAAUUAAAGGAUUUAUGUCAAAAUAUGAUCCUGAAAGUCACAUGAUCAAGACUCUGAACUUUUCUUCUGCCACUACCCCACUGAUGUUCCAGAGGACAAUAGAGAGCUAUGUGGAUAAACGAAUGGGUACAACCUACGGUCCUCCAGCAGGAAAGAAGAUGACCAUAUUUAUUGAUGAUGUGAAUAUGCCAGUAAUCAAUGAAUGGGGAGAUCAGGUGACUAAUGAGAUAGUACGACAGCUGAUGGAACAAAAUGGAUUCUAUAACCUAGAGAAGCCUGGGGAGUUCACCAGCAUCGUGGACAUCCAGUUCUUGGCUGCCAUGAUCCAUCCUGGGGGUGGACGCAGUGACAUACCCCAAAGACUCAAGAGGCAGUUCUCCAUAUUUAACUGCACCUUGCCCUCUGACGCCUCCAUGGACAAGAUCUUUGGAGUGAUUGGGGUUGGCCACUACUGUACCGAGCGGGGUUUCUCAGAGGCAGUGACAGGUGCCGUCAUGAAGUUGGUACCUCUGACCCGCUGCCUGUGGCAGAAGACCAAGCUGAAGAUGCUUCCCACUCCUGCGAAAUUCCACUAUGUGUUCAACCUUCGAGAUCUUUCUAGGAUCUGGCAGGGAAUGCUGAACACCACGUCAGAGGUCAUCAAAGAACCAGAUGAGCUGUUACAGCUUUGGAAACAUGAAUGCAAGCGUGUGAUCGCUGACCGUUUCACAGUGUCUGAUGAUGUGGCCUGGUUUGAUAAAGCUAUAGCUGCUCUGGUAGAGGAGGAGUUUGGUGAAGAGAAAAAACUCUUGGUGGAUUGUGGAGCUGAUACUUACUUUGUGGAUUUCUUGAGGGACCCGCCUGAAGCUACAGGUAAACUAUUGAAGCAGACACCCGAGGAGACGGAUACUGAAAUGCCCAAAAUUUAUGAGCCAAUCAGAUCCUUUGACCACCUGGGAGAGCGUCUGAACAUGUUCCUGCAACUGUACAACGAGAGCGUCCGCGGCACUGGCAUGGACUUGGUCUUCUUUGCCGAUGCCAUGAUCCACUUAGUGAAGAUCUCUCGAGUGAUCCGGACGCCCAGGGGAAACGCCCUCCUGGUGGGGGUGGGCGGAUCAGGGAAGCAGAGCCUGACGCGGUUGGCUUCCUUCAUCGCUGGCUAUGCUUCUUUCCAGGUCACUCUGACAAGGUCCUACAACACAGCAAAUCUGAUGGAAGACCUGAAGGUUUUGUACCGGACAGCGGGUCAGCAAGGAAGAGGAAUCACCUUCAUUUUCACAGACAAUGAGAUUAAAGAUGAGUCAUUUUUGGAAUAUAUGAAUAAUGUCCUGUCAUCUGGUGAGGUCUCCAACCUAUUUGCCCGUGAUGAAAUUGAUGAAAUUAACAGCGAUCUGACAUCAGUCAUGAAAAAAGAAUAUCCCAGGCGCCCUCCCACCAAUGAAAAUCUGUACGAGUACUUCAUGAGCCGCGUACGACAGAACCUUCAUAUUGUGCUCUGCUUUUCACCAGUGGGGGAGAAAUUUAGGAACCGAGCUUUGAAGUUCCCUGCCCUUAUUUCGGGAUGCACGAUUGACUGGUUCAGCCGGUGGCCGAAGGAUGCCUUAGUUGCUGUGGCCGAACACUUCCUGUCUGCCUAUGCUGUCGACUGCAGCGUGGAAACGAAGAAGGAGGUUGAGCAGUGUAUGGGUUCCUUCCAGGACGGAGUGGCUGAGAAGUGUGUGGAUUAUUUCCAGAGAUUCCGACGUUCUACCCACGUGACGCCCAAGUCAUACCUCUCCUUUAUUCAGGGCUAUAAGUUCAUAUACGGAGAAAAGCACAGGGAAGUUCAAACCCUGGCAAACAGAAUGAAUACUGGAUUGGAAAAGCUCAAAGAAGCUUCGGACUCUGUUGCAGCCCUGAGCAAAGAAUUGGAAGUUAAAGAAAAGGAACUGCAAGUGGCCAAUGACAAAGCCGACACGGUCUUAAAAGAAGUCACAAUGAAAGCACAGGCUGCUGAAAAGGUUAAGGCUGAGGUACAGAAGGUGAAAGACAAAGCCCAGGCCAUAGUGGACAGCAUCUGUAAAGACAAAGCCAUUGCUGAGGAGAAACUGGAAGCGGCAAAGCCGGCAUUGGAGGAGGCAGAGGCAGCACUACAGACCAUCAAGCCGUCGGACAUUGCCACCGUCCGCACCCUAGGCAGACCCCCGCACCUGAUCAUGCGGAUAAUGGACUGCGUGCUGCUGCUGUUUCAAAGGAAGGUCAAUGCUGUGAAAAUUGACCCGGACAAGAGCUGCACCAUACCUUCCUGGCAAGAAUCUUUAAAACUGAUGACGGCAGGAAACUUCUUGCAGAACUUACAGCAAUUCCCCAAAGACAUGAUCAACGAAGAAGUGAUAGAGCUUUUGAGUCCUUAUUUUGAAAUGGCAGACUACAACAUUGAAACUGCUAAACGUGUAUGUGGAAAUGUAGCGGGACUCUGUUCCUGGACCAAAGCUAUGGCGUCCUUCUUUUCUAUCAACAAAGAGGUGCUGCCUCUGAAGGCAAACUUGGUGGUGCAGGAGAAUCGCCACGUCCUGGCCAUGCAGGAUCUGCAGAAGGCACAGGCGGAGCUGGAUGAUAAGCAAGCGGAGCUCGACGUGGUGCAGGCGGAGUAUGAGCAGGCCAUGACUGAAAAGCAGACCCUGCUGGAAGAUGCCGAGCGGUGCAGACACAAGAUGCAGACGGCUUCCACGCUCAUCAGUGGCUUGGCAGGAGAAAAAGCACGGUGGACAGAGCAAAGCAAAGAGUUCGCUGCACAAACCAAGCGCCUCGUGGGGGAUGUAUUAUUGGCGACAGCUUUUCUGUCUUAUUCUGGUCCAUUUAACCAAGAAUUUCGAGACUUGCUGUUAAAUGAUUGGAAGAAGGAAAUGAAAGCUCGGAAAAUUCCAUUCGGAAAUGAUCUAAAUCUCAAUGAGAUGUUGAUCGAUGCCCCCACUAUCAGUGAAUGGAGCCUCCAAGGUCUGCCCAAUGAUGACCUGUCCGUCCAAAAUGGAAUUAUUGUCACAAAGGCAUCUCGUUAUCCUUUGCUAAUUGAUCCGCAGACUCAAGGCAAGAUUUGGAUUAAGAAUAAAGAAAGCCAAAAUGAACUGCAGAUCACGUCUCUAAAUCACAAGUACUUCAGAAACCACCUGGAAGACAGUCUUUCCCUUGGAAGGCCUCUGCUUAUUGAAGACAUCGGGGAAGAACUGGACCCUGCUCUGGAUAACGUUUUGGAACGGAACUUUAUUAAAACCGGAUCUACCUUUAAGGUGAAGGUUGGUGAUAAGGAAGUAGACGUUAUGGAUGGCUUCAAACUCUAUCUUACAACCAAACUGCCCAAUCCAGCCUACACCCCAGAAAUAAGUGCUCGAACCUCCAUCAUCGACUUCACUGUCACCAUGAAAGGCCUAGAAGACCAGCUACUGGGGAGAGUCAUUCUCACAGAGAAACAGGAAUUGGAGAAAGAGAGAACUCACCUUUUGGAAGAUGUAACUGCCAACAAGAGAAGGAUGAAGGAGCUGGAAGAUAACUUGCUUUGUCGCCUGACGAGUACGCAAGGGUCCCUGGUGGAAGACCAGAGUCUCAUCAUUGUGUUGAGCAACACCAAGAAGACAGCCGAGGAGGUGACACAGAAGCUGGAAAUCUCUGCUGAGACAGAAAUUCAAAUUAACUCAGCCCGAGAGGAAUACAGGCCCGUCGCUACUCGGGGCAGCAUCCUCUACUUCCUCAUCACCGAGAUGCGCUUGGUUAAUGAAAUGUAUCAGACUUCGCUCCGUCAGUUUCUGGGCUUGUUUGACCUUUCCUUAGCCAGGUCUGGCAGGAGCCCGAUCACAAGCAAGAGGAUUGCUAAUAUCAUUGAGCACAUGACGUUUGAGGUGUACAAGUAUGCGGUGCGUGGCUUGUACGAGGAGCACAAAUUCCUGUUCACUUUGUUGCUAACCCUCAAGAUUGACAUUCAGAGAAACCGAGUCAGUCAUGAAGAGUUUCUUACUCUUAUUAAAGGUGGUGCUUCAUUGGAUCUUAGAGCCUGCCCUCCUAAGCCAUCGAAGUGGAUCCUGGAUAUGACAUGGCUGAAUUUGGUGGAACUUAGCAAGCUUAGACAGUUUUCAGACAUCCUCGACCAGAUAUCAAGAAAUGAGAAAAUGUGGAAAAUUUGGUUUGAUAAGGAAAACCCUGAGGAGGAACCUCUUCCUAAUGCCUAUGAUAAAUCUCUUGACUGUUUCGGACGACUGCUCCUUAUUAGGUCCUGGUGUCCAGAUAGAACCAUUGCCCAGGCCCGCAAGUACAUCAUGGACUCCAUGGGGGAAAAGUAUGCGGAAGGCGUGAUCCUGGAUUUGGAAAAGACCUGGGAGGAAUCUGACCCUCGGACGCCUCUCAUCUGCCUCUUGUCCAUGGGCUCGGACCCCACAGAUUCCAUCAUUGCUUUGGGGAAGAAAUUGAAAAUAGAAACCCGUUAUGUGUCUAUGGGCCAGGGCCAGGAGGUCCAUGCGCGGAAGCUCUUGCAGCAAACGAUGGCAAAUGGAGGAUGGGCACUUCUGCAGAACUGCCAUCUGGGACUGGAUUUCUUGGAUGAGCUCAUGGACACACUCACAGACACGGAGCCUGUGCACAGUGCUUUCCGCCUGUGGAUGACCACGGAGGGGCAUAAGCAGUUUCCCAUUACGCUCCUUCAGAUGGCCAUCAGAUUUGCCAAUGAGCCGCCACAGGGCCUCAGGGCUGGACUGAAAAGAACGUACGGUGGGGUGAGCCAGGACCUGCUGGACGUGAGCACUGGGGCCCAGUGGAGGCCAAUGCUGUAUGCAGUGGCCUUUCUGCACUCCACGGUCCAGGAGAGGCGCAAGUUCGGUCCCCUGGGGUGGAACAUCCCCUAUGAAUUUAAUCAAGCAGACUUCAACGCCACUGUGCAGUUCAUCCAGAACCACUUAGAUGAUAUGGAUAUCAAAAAGGGUGUCUCCUGGACCACCGUCCGCUACAUGAUAGGAGAAAUCCAGUACGGAGGCAGAGUCACUGAUGACUAUGACAAGAGGUUGCUGAACACUUUCGCCAAGGUUUGGUUCAGCGAAAACAUGUUUGGGCCAGAUUUCAGCUUCUACCAAGGAUACAGCAUUCCAAAAUGCAGCACAGUGGAGAACUACCUUCAGUAUAUCCAGAGCUUGCCGGCCUAUGACAGCCCUGAGGUGUUUGGACUGCACCCAAAUGCUGACAUUACCUACCAGAGCAAACUGGCCAAAGACGUGCUGGACGCCAUCCUCAGCAUCCAGCCCAAGGACAGCUCUGGCGGCGGGGACGAGACGAGGGAGGCGGUGGUGGCCCGUCUGGCUGAUGACAUGCUGGACAAGCUGCCUGCGGACUACAGCCCAUUCGAAGUGAAAGAGAGGCUACAGAAGAUGGGACCCAUCCAGCCAAUGAACAUCUUCCUCCGGCAGGAGAUUGACCGAAUGCAGAGGGUCCUCAGCCUCGUCCGCAGCACCCUGACUGAGCUAAAACUCGCUAUUGAUGGCACAAUUAUCAUGAGUGAAAAUCUGCGAGAUGCACUGGAUUGCAUGUUUGAUGCCAGAAUCCCUGUGCGGUGGAGCAAAGCAUCAUGGGUGUCAAGCACGCUGGGCUUCUGGUUUACUGAACUUCUAGAAAGAAAUGGCCAGUUCACCGCCUGGGUUUUCAAUGGCCGACCCCACUGCUUUUGGAUGACCGGCUUUUUUAACCCGCAAGGAUUCUUAACUGCAAUGCGACAGGAAAUAACUCGUGCCAACAAAGGCUGGGCCCUGGACAACAUGGUGCUAUGCAAUGAAGUCACCAAAUGGAUGAAGGAGGACGUCUCUGCCCCACCCACCGAGGGGGUCUACGUCUACGGAUUGUAUCUUGAAGGUGCUGGCUGGGACAAGAGGAACAUGAAACUUGCUGAAUCGAAACCCAAAGUUCUCUUUGAGUUGUUGCCUGUCAUAAGGAUUUAUGCAGAAAACAACACCUUAAGAGAUCCUCGGUCUUACUCCUGCCCCAUCUACAAGAAGCCGGUUCGGACGGAUUUGAACUACAUUGCGGCUGUGGACCUGAGGACAGCGCAGGCCCCCGAGCACUGGGUGCUUCGUGGGGUGGCCCUUCUCUGCGAUGUCAAGUGA